UGGCGCCUGCUGUCCUCACCUCAGGAGACCCCAGACUGUCCGGGGCCCAGCGGCCCUCCCCAGGCGCCACAGCUGGAGCACGUCUAGAUUGUACGCAGUUUCAGUCCCUUACGAUCCCCGGUCCCGUCUUGACCCGGGGGAUCUGUCGGAAGCUGAGCCCAAACACGGCAGGGACCACCUUGGGCUUGGGCGUCCAGUACACCCCAGUGAGCUUCCGGUGCCAGUUUUGUAUGGUGGAAGGAACGUGGAGCAGGGACUCUGGAAACGAGGGUUCGGAAACUAGGUCUAGAAUAAGGACACACAUUGUGGGCCCUUAGAAAAAGGACUUCACCGUUCUAAAGCUUGAGUGUCCAAGGGAAAUGAGAGUAAGCAUUCUUCAAAAUCCCUGACCAUGCAGACUUUAUUUCCGUGACAAAUGAAAACAAGACCUGGAGAAGUCCUUAUUGAUUGUUUAGAUUCAACUGAAGACACCAAAGGAAAUAAUGGAGAUAGAGGUAGACUCUUAGUAACAAAUUUAAGAAUUAUCUGGCACUCUUUGGCAUUACCCAGAGUCAAUCUUUCUAUUGGUUACAACUGCAUAUUGAAUAUUACAACAAGGACUGCUAAUUCUAAAUUACGAGGCCAAACUGAAGCUCUUUAUAUACUAACAAAAUGUAACAGUACUCGUUUUGAGUUUAUAUUUACAAAUUUGGUUCCUGGAAGUCCUAGACUUUUUACUUCUGUGAUUGCAGUACACAGAGCAUAUGAAACUUCUAAAAUGUAUCGUGAUUUUAAAUUGAGAAGUGCGCUAAUUCAAAAUAAGCAACUAAGAUUACUACCACGAGAACAUGUAUAUGAUAAAAUCAAUGGAGUAUGGAAUUUAUCCAGUGAUCAGGGAAAUUUAGGAACCUUUUUUAUUACCAAUGUGAGAAUCGUGUGGCAUGCAAAUAUGAAUGACAGUUUUAACGUCAGUAUACCAUAUCUGCAAAUUCGGUCAAUAAAGAUUAGAGAUUCAAAAUUUGGUUUAGCUCUUGUCAUAGAAAGCUCUCAGCAGAGCGGAGGGUAUGUCCUUGGCUUUAAAAUAGAUCCUGUGGAAAAACUACAAGAAUCAGUUAAGGAAAUUAAUUCACUUCACAAAGUCUAUUCUGCCAGUCCUAUAUUUGGAGUGGAUUAUGAGAUGGAAGAAAAGCCACAGUCCCUUGAAGCUCUGACAGUUGAACAAAUUCAAGAUGAUGUAGAAAUAGACUCUGAUGAUCACACAGAUGCUUUUGUGGCUUAUUUUGCUGAUGGCAAUAAGCAACAAGAUCGUGAACCUGUGUUUUCAGAAGAACUGGGGCUUGCGAUAGAGAAAUUGAAGGAUGGAUUCACCCUACAGGGACUUUGGGAAGUAAUGAGUUGAUCUUGAGUUGAGCUGGGUUUCUAUUUAAAGAUAUUUCAAGAUUAAAGAUACUAGUCGCCUGCUAUAAGGCAUGGCAUAGUUUUUACAUUUACAGAAAAAGCUUUUCAGAGAGUUUUUUAAUGAUUAAGGAAAAACUCAUUUGUCGAAGAUUUUAUUGCCAGUCUUCUAAAGAUUAUAUUUGAAAUUGUAAUCAAAAUGUAUCUGGUUUGUUGUAAAUAUGUUUAUUUUAUAACUAAUACUUGUAAAUUAUUAGUCUGUGGCUAUUAAAAGAAUGUAUCAUGUUGAGUUUAAUAAAGAAUUUAUGCAGCACCAUUAAA